UGCUGCGCAUGCGUAGAGAGGGAAACUAGAAUCUAAACGUAUUCUGACCUGUCCUCCAUCUUUCUGUUGCCAUGACAACGAAAACAUUAAUUUAUUGAGUAUUUAUGAACCUGAUCAAUAAACGGAAUCAGGUUCUCCUUCCAUUAUCCUUUUUUGACAGAAAGGAUAAAAGAUGAAAGAACCUAAAGCUCCGCCUCUUUCAGAUCGGAGACCACGCCCACCGCUGUCAAAAUAAAACUAGAAAAAACUUAUCGAACUUUUUCAGGCUGACUCUGGAAAAUCCUGACAUCGUCAGAACCUUCCGCCUGGUUCGAACCACUCUUGAUUUAAAUUGGACCCGCGGUUCCGUCACAGUUCCGGUCCCUGAGCUCCAGCGAACACACCUGUCCGCGUGACCCGCAGGUGACUUUCCGGUCGGAUCCCUCCACCACGUGACCCCGCCGGCUGAUUGCAGAGGAGUGGGGGGGAGCAGGAGGCGGGGGCGCGGGGGCUGGACCUGCGCGCGCGAGGAGGAGCGUCACAUCAGCACCGCAGGUCACCUUCGUCACCUCCUCCUCAUCCUCACUCCGUCUCUGUGCGCGCGGCUCGCUGGGCUCGGCGCGGCGCGGAACACGGACCGAACCGGGACAGGGGGGCCAUUGACCCGGAGCGGACCCCGUCAUGCUGGGCACGGUGAAGAUGGAAGGGCACGAGGCUCCGGACUGGACCGGCUACUACAGCGAAGAGGUUUACUCUCCAAUGGGCGGCGCUGGGAUGGGUUCUGGUCUCGGGAUGGGCUCCAUGUCCGGCUACAUGUCCAGCAGCGGAACCACCCCCGGCUCCUUCAACAUGUCCUACAGUGGUUCUGGACUGACCCACUCGCCGGUGGGGGCGAUGGCGGGCUCGGCUCCGGCGGCCAUGUCUGGUCUGGGAGGGGGCGUGGCUUCCAUGGGCGGAGCGCUGAGCCCGUCCAGCAUGAGCUCGGUGUCGGGCCAGCAGGCCUCCAUGGGCCUGAACCCGUACGGCGGCAUGAGCCCCACCAUGAGCCCCAGCAUGGCGUACAGCGGCGCCGGGCUGAACCGGGCCCGGGACAACAAAACCUUCAGGCGGAGCUACCCCCACGCCAAGCCGCCCUACUCCUACAUCUCGCUCAUCACCAUGGCGAUCCAGCAGGCCCCCAGCAAGAUGCUGACCCUGAGCGAGAUCUACCAGUGGAUCAUGGACCUGUUCCCGUACUACCGGCAGAACCAGCAGCGCUGGCAGAACUCCAUCCGCCACUCACUGUCCUUCAACGACUGUUUCGUCAAGGUGUCGCGGUCCCCGGACAAACCCGGGAAGGGGUCCUACUGGACUCUGCACCCGGACUCGGGGAACAUGUUCGAGAACGGCUGCUACCUGCGGCGCCAGAAGAGGUUCAAGUGCGAGAAGAAGAUGUCGGGAAAGGCGGAUGGCCGGAAGGAGCAGGGGGGGGCCUCGCCCGCCGAGGACCCCGUCAAACCCGCCAGACUCAUGGACCCCUCCGGGGCCUCCUCCAGCCACGCCGCCUCCCCUCCCGGUCUGGACCUGAGGGGCGUGGGGGCGGACCUGAAGGUGACUGGCUCUCAGCUCCUGUCCUCGCUGUCCCUGCCCCCCCACUCCAUGGCCCACGAGCCCCCCCUGCACCUGAAAGGGGACCCCCACUACUCGUUCAACCACCCCUUCUCCAUAAACAACCUGAUGUCGUCGUCGGAGCAGCAGCACAAGCUGGAGCUGAAGGCCUACGAGGCGCAGCUGUACUCGUCCUACGGCGCCGCGGGGGCGCCCGGGCUGGGGGGGAGGACCAUGGAGCCCCUGGAGGCCUCCUACUACCAGGGGGUGUACCCCCGCCCGCUCCUCAACAGCUCCUCUUAGCUGCCUUCAGCUGGACCCUCUGCAUGCUGCUGUACUGGACUUACGGUUCUGAUCCGGACCAGUUCUUCCAGAGCAGAACUGAACUGUUACACUGUGACCGACCCGGGAUGUGUGGGAUCUCAGCCAGCAGAACCGAGGCCCGGUUUGUGGUCUGAUCCAUAAACAGUUGAACCCUUAACAGCAUCAGAACCGACGGACUGGACUCGGCUGGUGCUGCUUGGCGUGUGGUGCUUUAGAACCACUGGGUUCUGUCCAGAUGACUGGUUCUGAAACAUUUCUGUAGGACGUAGACACAAAAAGUUUGGUUCAGUGCUCGUUCCUGAACACGGUUCUGUCGUGCAUGCUGACCGGUUCUGAGCCCAAACGAGAUAACUUCUGACCCAAACCAGUCUUUUGUGGUUCCACCAGAGUCCAGAUCAGCUCAGAGUCCGGUUCUGAUGGCUUUAAUAAAAUCCUGUGAAUGUUUGCCUCUGCGUCUUCAGAACCGGUUCUGUUUGGGUUUUUUCCAGAUAAGUAAAUUGUUGUUUAAGUUCUGGAGAUCCUCUAGUGGAUCUGAACCCGUAAAGAGGUUCGGUUCGGAUAAACCCUGACCGAUCAGACGUCCGUCCGCAGACUCAUGAGGAGAACCUGCUCCCCCGAUCCGACCCGAUCAGCACGUCUUUCUCCCACGACCUCGUCUGCCGCCCCGCCGCCCCCCCGGGGUCACGACCCCCAGCAUGAAACCCGCUCACAUUCAAAGACGUUUUGUUUGAAGGGUCACUUCAGCCGAAUCAGACCAGCUAUGCCCCCGCCUGCCGGAGGUUCUGACCCCCCCACUUCAUCUGUAUGUUACACUCAGAGCCAGAACAAGAAACCCACAAACCAGCAGAACCUCCCAGAACCGGAGGAAUAGCGGCCGUCCUCGCUAGUUCAAUCCCCAAUUUUUACACUUCAAAGUGUCCUUAAACUGGUACUGUCCAGCGCCCAGAACCUCCUCUUUCAGAACCUCCUCCCAGAACUUCUGUGAGGCCUUCGGGUUCUGUCGUAUUUGAGUAAAUCGUCACAAAAAAGAGAAAUCAAAGCAGAAAUCUAUAAAACUGCAAAGAGCAGAAAACCAUCAGCAGCUGAAAGCAUUUCUCCAAACAUUUUCUUCAUUUUUUAUUUGGACUUUUUGACAAAUUAAAAGAAAAUCAAUUUUUAACAUUUAUUUUGUGUUUUCACUAUUUUUUUGUUUUGUUUUUUUGUUGUAUUUUUUGUUAUUGUUUAUCUUUUUGUUUAAUUUAAUCCGCAUUAAAAGGAUUUCAAAACUAAUUCAGAAAUAUAAAUAAAUGAAGAAAACUGCUGGAAAUGCUUCUCCUCCUCUGGACAUCUAUUCUACACAUGGUUUGUUUUUGUGGUUCCGCUCUCAGUUCGGGCUCAGCCCGCAGAACCAGAGCGCAUGCGUCAGGUCGGGUCCAGUCUGCGGACGAGCAAAAAGCCAGCCUCUCUUUUUCCCGCGGCCUCCGGUCACUGGUUAUCGCCACGUGCAUGGAUGGAGUGUGUGUCUUCUUUGUGGGUUUUUGCAUGUCCUUAACUUAUUCUGUGGUUUGGAAAUAAAACUGGAAAACAG